AUUAAACUUUAUUUUUGGUGGGCUUAUUGAGCUUUACCUGCCCUGAAAUCACGGAGAAAGAGUCACUCAUCAAAAGAGAAUUCUCGGAGAAAGAGUCAUGAACAAAAAUAGAAAAAACAGAAUGAUUGUGUGGAGAAAAAUUCAUGCAAAGUUGAUGUCGUUAAACAAAUUGAAAAACACCCACUUUUUAUGGGAAUGAAAUAUGGGCAUGUAGCCAUCUGGGUCCUCUUUAUACUCGUCUGUUUCUUCCCUUUUAAUUGUUCAGAGAUUGCCUGAAUUGUUUGGUUGUUUUUAUUGGCAAGUUUGAUCACUUUGUAACCAAGCAGAUUUGAAGGGUACACCUCCCUAUUCAUGGAUGAAUAUUCUGGUAAAAGAGCUGUAGAUGGGAUUGUGGUCUCUAGAAAGGGAUCUGGUCUUGCGUUGAGAGAGAAUGCCAACAAUAGAGAACAUAAUGCUCAAUUCUGCAACCGAAUUGGUUGCAAUGGCAGACCGAAUUCUGCAAGAGGUGUUCAAUAUGGCUGUUCAGAUAAGGCCAAACCUUCAAGGCCUUUACGCUCUUCUUCAAGUGGCAAGGAAAUAAUUGGAAGUUCCUCCAAGACUUCCUCUGUGAUCAGCAAGGGAAGAAAAUCUAUCACAGAGCCUUCAAAGAAGUUAUCAUCUCAGUUAGAAACUGAUUCAUCUGAAACUAGUAGUGUUCAGGAUGAACCUGAGCUUUCAGAACUCACUGCCCCACCUGGAAAGAUUCAGAGAGGGUCGGAAAAAGUGGAGUCUAGCGGUGUCACAUUAAUGGAAGAGGGAAGCUCUAGUCUAGCAUCAGAUACAAGAUCUCGAAGGAAUCUUCAUCAGGGAUCCAGAUUGCGCAACCAAGAUAAUCUAGUGGCUUCAUCCGUGUCUUUGGGAUCUAAGAGCACUGUCCAGGCAACACGUGCUGGUGCAAACAGGUAUGGUUUAAGAAAUCUCAGAUGUAAUUCAAUAUCAGAUGUCAUCCCAUCAGGUUGCUCAUCCUCAGAAUCAAGUUUCAGUAAAAGGAAGGAUAUGGUAAAAAGGAGAAAUUCUGAAGGAGAAAGUAGCUCUGCUGCCAGAGGAAAGAAGAUGAGUGGGUCUUUGUUGGAAGGACAGAGCUCCAAUUCUAGCCCCAGCAUAUCCAUUUCUGAUUCAAGACGUGCUAGAAAUAUUCCUUCUCACAGGGAUAAUAGUGUACCAUCAGUUAGGAAUAAGAGACCAGUUAAUAGUCACACCAGGGCAAGGCUCUCUAAUCAAGGACAUAUGAACAGUCUGUCACCAAAUGAGCCCUCUGUUGCAAUCCCACAAAUGCUUCAAACUGGCAUAUCUAGUGACAUGAAUGGUCCUAGUUCAUCACAUCAAUUAUCAUCUGAAAUUCCCUCAAAUCAUGCACUUUCUUACAGUCGGCCUGGCAGUAGCAGUGAGCGUUUGCACGGUAUUAGGCCAGCUAGUCCUGCAGAAGUGGGCAUUACCCGCUCUUUGAUGAAUCGGGACAGCAUCAGGCGCUACAAUGGAAUUGCAGAGGUAUUAAUGGCACUUGAGAGGAUCGAACAAGAUGAAGAUCUUACAUAUGAGCAAAUACUUGUUCUGGAGACCAACUUGUUUCUUAAUGGCCUAUAUGUCUAUGAUCAGCACAGAGACAUGAGACUGGACAUUGAUAACAUGUCAUAUGAGGAAUUAUUAGCUCUGGAAGAGAGGAUGGGAACUGUGAGCACAGCACUAACAGAAGAAACAUUGUCAGAAUGCCUGAAGAGGAGCAUUUAUGAGUCUACAGCUCCAGAGGAUGCAGCAGCGGGCUGCAAUGGGGAAAAGGAUGUUGGGAAAAAGGAUGAUGUCAAAUGUAGUAUAUGCCAGGAGGAGUAUGUUGUUGGAGAUGAACUGGGUAGAUUGCAGUGUGAGCACAAGUUUCAUGCGGACUGCAUAGAACAGUGGCUGGGGUUGAAGAAUUGGUGCCCCAUUUGCAAAGCAUCAGCAGCGCCCUCACCCUCGCCAUCACCUUUGUCACCCUCUUAGUUCAAUUGAUUAAAUCAGUUGCAGUCUUUAGUUCAAUUGAUUAAAUCACAGUUAAAGGAGACUGUCUUUUUCAUUUUGUACAAAUUAAGUGCGUCUCUGCCUUAAUUCAUUCUUUUUUUUUCUUUUCUCUUUUUUUCUUUUAUUGUACAUAGCAAAUCUCUUUCAUCUCAAAGAACUAAUAAACCCAGGCGAUUGGCUUGAUAGAUGAACUCUUACAUUGAAAUUGUGAAUAAAAAUUCCUGUCUCGAAGAAUCU